AUGAAGGGAAUUACUCUUCUUUCGCUUUUUGGUGCUGCUCUAGCUCAUCCAGCGGGCCUUUGGUGGGGUACCGAUCUUUGCUUCACUAGUCCCGAAAAUACCGACAAUCAGUGCUCGGAUGCUCAGGAGGACGGCUUUGACUUGUCCGAGCUGCUGGAUGGUGAUGAUUGGGUCUUUGGAAACAAUUGGGACUUUGGAGGCUUCCACUUCGUUGGACUCGAGCCCAAGGAUGACUGCCAUGGAUACGAGGGCUCUUGUCUUGGUGGAACGUUGUCUAGUGAUGAUGACUGGACAAUCAAGAUUUCCGCCAACGACGCUCCAUUCUCAAUCCGAAACUUCCAUCUCUCAACUUCCGAGAGCACUGAUGUCUUCAUCCUCUACGAGAUGCCUGAUGGUUCUUCCUGUCAUCAGGUCGCUUCGAGCUCGUCCAACGGAGUUGAUGUCGGCAACGACCAGUGUGGUGGUGCUAUCUCAGUCGAAUUCACGCUUCCGGAAGAGAGUCAGGUCGACGAUUGCGACCUAGAGAUUCAUUCAAUUGACUUUGACUGCUCUACUGGAAUCAAGCCGCCCCAGCCUCCUGUGCAUUGGACCUCGCCCGUUACGCCUGAGGUUUCCACCGUUAGCCACUAUGACCCCCCUCAUACUCACCCUGAGCCUACCCCAACUGCUUCCCUGUCUUCCGUGCACUGGACUCGGCCUGUUACGCCCAAGGUUUCUACGAUUAGCCACUAUGACCCCCCUCACACUCACCGUGAGCCUACCCCGACUGCUUCCCUGCCUCCUGCGCAUUGGACCUCGUCUGCCACGCCGAAGGUUUCUACCAUCAGCGACCCCACCUGGCAGAUGACGACCUCAACAGUCUGGACUACCCAGGAGUUCACAAUCACCAAAUGCGCACCAACCGUCACCAACUGCCCUGGCCAUUCGACUGUAUUGGUUACCUCUACAUACCCCUUGUCAACCACGGUCUGCCCAUCUAAGCCCGUGGAUCCGGAGACAUCUUCGGCUGUGUACACGCACCCCCCGGUCACUGAUCCCAUCCACACCACGACCGCUACCGGGCCCAGCCCACCCGUUGUUACCGCCCCCUGCCCCAACGUAGUUCCCAAGUGCCUCAACACAUGGCUCUCCAUUCCCAAGUGCGACUCCAACAGCGACGCCGCAUGCUUCUGCCCAUCCACCGAGUUCACAGAUAAAGUCAGCUCGUGCAUCCAGGCCUGGAGCAGCUCCAAGAGCGAGGAAGAUUCUGCCCUUGCUUACUUCGCUGGCAUUUGCGCGCCCUUCGUUCCGAAGAACCCUGCUAUUGUCGACAUCGCUUCAACCUGCACGACUACUUUCACUUCUUCAGUUUACGCCCCUAUCACCACUGCUGAUCCUAAAAUCACACAUACGUUUGUUGAGACUGUUGAUGUAGCUACAUCUGUUCCCCAGCCUCCUUGUACCACCAUCAGCUGGGCCUCGCAUACCGCCACUGUUCCCCUUGUUGAGUUCAGCACGGUCACUUGCUCUUCCACAACCUCUGUGAAUCUGGUAGUUGUCACUCCUGUCAGCACUCCUUCUCACACCGGUUAUGUGCACAAGUCGUCCUCGACGUUGACGACUAGCUGCAAAACUCCCGCCACCCCUCUUUAUACAGCAACUGUGUCUAAGCCCACGACUGCUUUCACGCCAACCAAGCCCGCACCAUCCGAGCCAGCUGAAACUGUUAUUUACGGAAAUUUUGGAUCGAAACUAUCUUUGUCUAGUUUCUGGGCUUUUGGUCUUGUCCUUUUGGCUCUCUUUUAA